AUGGCUGAGGACAAUCACACAGUUGUGAGGGAGUUCAUUCUUAUGGGAUUCACCGAGUCCCUGAUGCUGAAGAGAAUACUUUUUGUGCUAUUUCUCUGCAUUAAUCUCACCACAUUAAUGGGGAAUCUGCGGAUGACGGGAUUAAUCGGAGUGGAAUCCCAACUCCACACCCCAAUGUACUUCUUCCUCAGUAACGUAUCUUGUGUGGAUGCCUGCUGCUCCUUGACCAUCGCCCCCAAGAUGCUGUUCUUCUUCCUCUUUCUAUUACCCUUUCCUUUCAGUCUACGUCUUGUGAAGGUCCUAGGCAGCAUGAAUUUCCUCAAAGUUGCACACCCUCCGUUUAGUCCAAGAAAGCAGCGUGUUCCAAAAUUCAGUGAGCUAAAGAGCAUCCUUUAUCUAACAAGCAAUAUAAAAGGAUCGAUCUCCAGUGAUGUCACGAAGUUGAACAAUGUCCCUGAAUUUUGCUUCAGUGAUGCCAAGAUAGACAUAGAAUGGGAAAACAUCGGUCAGGAAAGAGAUAAUGUGACUAGCACUACACAAAAUACCAGCACUCUAAUAAAUCCCUUUGGAGUCUCAGGAAUGCUGUUCAUCCAUCAUUCCCAACGAAAGAUUCUGUCAUCAAGAAAGAAAAUUACAAACAAUGAAGUUGAGAAAAAAACUUCCAGGUACCGGCAUAUAAGCAAUACUUAUUGCAUCAUGUCUUCACUGGGCGGGACUCAAGGAGAAUGA